UUCUUGGGGACAAUGGAUCAUGAUUAAUAAUAACGUCGACUUGCAGGUCUAGCGCGCCUAAAUAUGGCUUCUUCAUCACUUACGCACAGCUACCGAUCAACCACAGCAUGAAAAGAUUGCAGGAAAUCAUGAUAUUUUGUGGAGCACUUGUGCAGCUGCAACAAAGUGGCCGGCCGGGAAGAGAGCAUGGAUCGGAGAUGAUCUGUAGUACUGACUUGUGUGGGGACUAUACGAGAUCAGUAACUUCUGAUGAUGAAGAUGAUCAUGUCUGCCCCAUUUGCCUGACAAAUCCAAAGAACCUUGCUUUUGGAUGUGGUCAUCCGACUUGCAAGGAUUGCGGUGUGAACCUAUCAUUGUGCCCCAUGUGUCGGGAGCCCAUAACAACACGCCUGCGACUCUUUACUUGAUUGCUUUCCUCGGUAUUGAAUGCUUGAAUGUCUACGAGGACAUGAAUAAAAGUCCUACAGCAACACCAACAUUGUUCUGUUGUUCAUAACUUUCCCAUUUGAAAAUAUUUAAAUUGUUUAAAACUAUAUAGAACGGGCUGGGGAUGCUAUGUCAGAUUUUAGAACCAUUUGUUCAUGAAUAAUUGAUCCUAUAAAGGUUAUAUAUAUAGAUGUUAAUUUUAUGUUGA